AUGUCAUCAUCAGAGGAACCGCAGAGGAAGAAAAGUCGUCCAUCUGAAGAAGGAGGCGACGCAGAAGAUGAGGAGCAACAACCAGAACUGCCAAAAGGCUGGGAAAAACGAAUGAGUCGUACGAAUAGUUAG